CGCACCGCUCCGUACGGUGCUGCUCGUUACGGUACCGCACCGCACCGCACCGCUCCGUACGGUACCGCACCGCUCCGUACGGUACCGCACCGCACCGCACCGCUCGUUACGGCACCGCUUCUUACGGUACCGUACCGCUCCGUACGCUAUCGCUCCUUACGGUACCGCAGCGUUCCAUACGGUACCGCUCCUUACGGUACCGCCCCGCCCCGCACCGCUCCUUACGGCACCGCUCCGCUGCCUGCGGUGCCGCUGCGCCCCGGCGGCGGGCCAUGAUGGCGUGCGCGGAGCUGCUGGCGAUGUGCCUGCUGUCGGCCAAGCCCGGCGCCGCGCCCCGCCGCGAGCCGCUGCCCAUCUUCCACGACAUUUUCCGGCGAGCCGACAAGAACGAUGAUGGGAAGCUGUCAUUUGAGGAGUUCAAGAACUAUUUUGCUGAUGGAAUCCUGAGCUCGGAGGAGCUGUGGGAGUUGUUCAGUGGCAUUGACAGGCGUCAUUCAGACAAUGUAGACACGGAGAAAUUGUGUGAUUAUUUCUCAGCAUAUCUUGGAGAAUACAGACAUGUGCUUUCUGCACUGGAAGUCCUCAACUCUACUGUCCUGGCAGCCAUGGACAAAACCAAGCUGAGGUACGAGACCUCCUCUAAGAUGGAGCAGUUCCUGACCCGCUUCCUGCUGCGGGAAACCGUGACCCAGCUGCAGUCUCUGCAGGCCUCGCUUGAGUGUGCCGUGGACACCAUGGAGGAGCAGGCAGGACGGGAGAGGAAGGACGUAAAGAAAUCUGAGACCUUGAUUGGCCUGAGGUCAGGAAGACGAUGUGGGCGCAGAGGACAGAAAAACAUCUGUCUGUCCCCAACAGACCCCUAUUCCGGGAUGCUAACAACAGGCAUUUGUGUCGAAGCUGACAACCAGUGGAUGGCACAGAUUAACAGGCUCCAGCAGCUCAUUGAGAAACUAGAGUGCAAGAGCCCACGCCUGGAGCCUCUGAAGGAGGAAACAAUGUGCAAAGGGAGAGAUGCACACAUCCUCGUGGCGAAGAGGCAGAUCUCGGUGACAAAGAACGGCAUCGAGGAGUUUCGCCAGGCGUUCAGGUCCUACACGGAGGUCACCGCCGGGCAGAGCAGCUGCCUACAUGUGUCCGCCUGCAAGCUGACAAAUGAAGCCUGCUUCAUCCUUUACGAAUUCUGGCAGGAUGUGUCUUCGUGGAGAAGCCACUUGCAGUCCAGCCACAGCAAGACUUUCCAACGGGCCAUCAUCAGCCUGCUGGAGGCCCCGGAGCUGCUGACCACCAUGCUCUUCCCAGCCUCCUGGUGGAUCAUGAACAACAACUAGCCCUGGGCAGCGGUUUCCGGGAUGCAGCCAGCAUGCAGAAGGAUGCAGCGCCCUCAGCACAGCCACCUCCUUCGCUGGCAUCCAUCGCCUCUGCCUUCCCACCCCUGUGCAGCGCAGCGCUCCCUCCGGCGUGCCCUGGGCUGCCUGCCCCUCCAUGCCUCGUCCCUGGCCAUGUUUUACCCCAUGCGAUUUAUUUAUCCCCCCCCCACCCCCCGCCACCAAGGACGGUCCCUGUGCUGCCUGCUGCUCGGUUGCGCUGGUGCAGAGGUGCCACUGCUCCUUGUGGCCCUGCGCCCGGGGAGGGCACCGGCCGGCAUGGCACCGCAGGGUGCUGGGCAGGCAGCGGGCUGCUGGGCAAGGGGGCGCGGGCUGCGCUUGGCGGGGGCGGCCAGGCCCUUUUGGGAGCAGCGCUUGCUGGUAACUGAUGUCAGCAAAGCUGCAGACUCAAGGGCAGCUGCCAGAGGGCUGUGAGCUCCAGGCCUGGGCUCUCCUUCGCCUUCCCGAACCUCUCCAGCUCCCCAGCUGAGGGCCGGGAGACUCCCACAGCCGCCUGGCACCCGCUUUGGCACAGCCCCUCCGGGCAGCGCUGGCAGAGCCGACCUGGCGCUCCUCUUCCUCCUGGCGCUGAAGGCUGGGCAGUGCUCCCAGGGAGAGGUGGCACCACCAGGGCAGCUUUGGCCAGCGGUGGCAUCCCUCCACUCUGCCCUCCGGAGCCCCUGGGGUGAGGGCUUGCGAUAGUGCCCCCCCACACUAGGGAGCACCCAGACCUACCAGGCUGGGAGAGCCGUGGGGAGCAGGGCUGGCUAGCACGGACUGAAUAGUGUUUUAUUGAAAAAGAAAAAGGCAAGUCAAGCCAAGCAGAGUGCAUUUCUGGCAAGGAGUGCCAGACCCACCCCGCGACACACGGGCAGCCUGCGCAGCGCUCGCGCGCGGCCCCUGCUUGCUGGUUUCGUGCUGCAACCCACCUCGUGCUCCCACUGGUGCUGCCCCAUGGCUGUGUACCCCGAGGCUCGCAUCCGUGAAUAAACCACUGCACACCUGCGGGCUCGAGUGACGGCGCGCAGGGGAGCUCACGGGGCUUGCCUGACGAGGCGGCACGGGAGCAGGAGGCUCUGGGGGCAGUGCGGCUUUGCAAGUGUCCUCCCGGUGUGGGGCUGAGCACAGCUGCAACGAGAAGCCUGUCCUCUCUAUCUGGCAUGUUCACUCCCAAGCUGACUCCCAGGAGGAUGCACCCUGCUCAGAGCUCCUUAGCAUCAUCCCUUAUCUAAAUUAUCAUAAACCAGAAUUAGGCUGAUGGAAA